UCCACACUCCCCGACCAUUCACCACUCUUAUUCCCUACUUUCUACCCUUUAACUUUUGCUUUGCACACACUUACUUUUCAUCUUGGGAGACGAUGGUGGAUUGCAGCAAGAGCAAAGUCUGGGUUUCCUUUUUGGCGGUGUGGCUAUGUCUUGUGCCGAUCUUGGCGUUAGCUCAGCAACGAAAGUUGCGCUUCUCUCCAAAUGGGGAAUUUAAGAUACUGCAAGUGGCGGAUAUGCACUAUGCUGAAGGCAAAACGACGCCCUGCUCUGACGUUUUGCCCAGCCAGAUGUCCUCUUGCUCCGACCUCAAUACCACCGCUUUUCUGCGUCGCAUGAUCCUCGCCGAGAAGCCCAAUCUCAUCGUUUUCACCGGGGAUAAUAUAUAUGGGUUUGAUGCUAUAGACGGAGCAAAAUCAUUGAAUGCUGCAUUUGCCCCUGCAAUUGAGUCAAAUAUCCCAUGGGUUGCCGUUUUGGGGAACCAUGACCAGGAAUCCUCACUCUCUAGGGAAGAAGUCAUGAAACAUAUAGUUGGGUUGAAGAACACAAUGUCAAAAAUCAAUCCUCGAGAGGUCCAUGUUAUUGAUGGUUUUGGAAACUACAACCUGGAGGUUGGUGGUGUUCAAGGGACAGGAUUUGAAAACAAAUCAGUUCUCAAUCUCUACUUCCUGGACAGUGGAGAUUACUCCACAGUUGCUUCAAUACCAGGCUAUGGCUGGAUCAAACCUUCUCAGCAAUUUUGGUUUGAACGAACUUCUGCAAGGCUUCAGAGGGAAUAUACUAAAGAGCCAAACGCACAGAAAGGACCUGCACCUGGGCUUGCGUAUUUUCACAUCCCCUUACCAGAGUUUGACUCAUCAAAUUUCACAGGUGUUCGACAAGAUCCUAUCAGCUCGGCUUCUGUGAACUCAGGCUUCUUCACAACCAUGGUAGCAGCAGGUGAUGUGAAGGCUGUCUUCACAGGCCAUGAUCAUCUCAAUGACUUCUGUGGUAAGCUAACUGGUAUACACCUUUGUUAUGCUGGUGGUUUCGGAUACCAUGCCUACGGCAAAGCUGGAUGGGCGAGGAGAGCAAGGGUGGUGGUAGGACAACUGGAGAAGAGAAUGAAUGGAGGUUGGGGAGCUGUUAAAUCGAUUAAAACAUGGAAACGCCUAGAUGAUAAAUGGCUAACUGGAAUUGAUGGUCAGGUCCUCUGGAGCAAGAGCUCUGCAGCCAAGUAAAUUCCUACUCGCUUAUGGGGAUGGAGAUUUAAAAAAAAAAAAAACAGAUAAAGCUGAUUCUGCCUUACGAAGGUUCAAAUCUGUGUGUUUCAUUAUUAUUAUUAUUAUUUUUUCGGAAUCGUGUAUCGUUAUUUCUUCAUUUUACUGUUACAUCGAAAAGGAAAUAUUUAAGAUUUUAUUAACAAA